AUGGUGUUUGAGCUCCAUGUGUGGGGUCCGGCCUUUGGGCUACCCUCAAUCGAUGCAGAGUGCAUCGCUGCGAUAGCACACUUCAAUCGCGUCGUUCCACAGGGCCAGUGGAGUCUCGUCGCUAACUACGAUACGUCCAUCAGUCCGCGAGAUGAGUUUCCGGUUCUUGUGGAUGGCGCUGUGAAAACCACAGGAUUCUCGAGCAUCGCAUCCUACCUGCGCGCCCACCAUUCAGCAGCACACGAUCUGGACCACAACCUCACGCAUCAGCAACUAACGGAUCGGACCGCAUUCAUCUCGUUUCUCGAAUCGACUGCGAGCCCACUCCUGGAUCUAUACCUCUAUAUCUCCUCGGAAAACUACAACUCCACCACCUCGUCCGCAUACACGGCGAUUUUACCCUGGUACACAAACUAUACAAUACCUUCGAGACGCCGAGACUUGGCAAGAACGCGAACAGCUCAUCUGGGCCUAAGCAGCUUGGAUGUGCAUGAAGCCAGUCAGGAGGCACACGGACUAGGCAGUGGUACCGCAUCGUCCGAAUAUGAGGCUGCGAAAAGAGCUGCUGGACUACCGUCAGAUAGCAAGCCCAAUGUCUUCCAAAUGGGGCGUGGGAAGGGGCUUGGCGGCCUUCUCAGCGCGCCAAUUUACGCUGCGCGCUUCAAGCUAGAUACUUUGUCGAACGAGCUCCUUGACCCUUUGUCGGAUCUUCUAGGGAAGAAAGGUUAUUUGUUAGAAGAUGAACAGCCGUCAAGCCUCGAUUGCCUUGCUUUCGGUUACCUCGCCCUUAUGCUAUACGCGCCUGUGCCACAGGCAUGGCUCAAGGAGACCAUUCAGACGAAGCAUCCUCGGAUCGCACGAUAUAUUCAGCGCCUGCGCGAAGAACUCCUUGGAGCGGAGGAAACCAAAGCCGCAGAGGUUUGGUCUGCGAGUUCUGGCUGUGCUUCCGACGCAAAAUGGCUACUUCCGUGGCGGCGUAAGCCUUCCCCGAAGGUAUCUCCCCAGCUGGCACGAGAUGUCGUCAGCAAUAUCCCUCUGCUCUCAUAUAUCCCAGGCUUCCAACGCAAUACCAUACAGGCGGAUUCCCUUGAGGUAGCAAGGAAGUCUUCAACGUCUUUACCGAGCGCCGUCUUCUCUCGCGCGCCAACGGCGUCGCAAAUCCAGAACCCGCCGCCUCCGCCGUCAUCGACAAAGGGGGGGCGCUUCUUCGGCAAGACCAACCUGGGCCAUACCUUCCGUCACAAAUCCGCGGGCGCUUUCGGCCCAGAACUCGCCAAGAAGCUUUCACAGUUGGUCAAGAUGGAGAAGAAUGUCAUGCGCAGUAUGGAGCUCGUGAGCAGGGAGCGAAUGGAAGUAGCUCAACAACUCUCUAUUUGGGGCGAGGCCUGCGAUGACGACGUCUCCGAUGUGACCGACAAGCUUGGAGUGUUGAUUUACGAGAUUGGCGAGCUGGAGGAUCAGUUUGUCGACCGCUAUGAUCAGUACCGCGUCACCAUCAAGAGUAUCCGGAAUAUUGAGGCUUCAGUCCAGCCGAGUCGCGAUCGCAAACAGAAGAUCACCGAUCAGAUCGCGCAGUUGAAGUACAAGGAGCCCAACUCUCCCAAGAUCGUCGUCCUCGAGCAGGAACUCGUCCGCGCCGAAGCGGAAUCCCUUGUCGCCGAAGCUCAGCUCUCCAACAUCACCCGCGAGAAACUCAAGGCCGCAUUCACAUACCAGUUCGACGCUCUUCGCGAGCAUUGCGAGAAACUAGCUAUCAUUGCUGGCUUCGGAAAGCAUCUCCUUGAGCUCAUCGACGAUACACCUGUGACUCCUGGAGAGACAAGAAACGCUUAUGACGGUUACGAGGCUAGCAAGGCAAUCAUCCAAGACUGCGAAGAUGCCCUCACAAAUUGGGUCCAGCAGAACGCCGCGGUCCACUCCAAGCUUUCCACUCGCGCCCGCACGCUCUCGCAACGCCGCAAGAAUGCCGCCCGCCGCUCCGGUGAGGGCAUCGAUUUGUCCCACCAGGACCAGCCCCUUGACAACAGGGAGUCUGGCCUCUGGAUUCCAGCCUCUGAACAUCAAGGUAACGGCUACGAGGAAGAGGAAGAGGAGGAAGAUGCGCCCUCCACCGUUGCCACCGAGACUCGAGGCCGAGAAGAGGAGAGACCCGUUGCUGCUUAA